UCUGCUGUCUGAGGCUCCCCUGUGUAUGAUUUCAAGACUGAAGGGAUCUAUCGAAAUCUGGAAUGUUAAAACAGGUAAACGAGAAGGAAAGUUUGACGUACACGAAAAGAUAGCAACAGCAUGUUGUAGUCCGGUUUGUCCACUCAUUGUGGUAGGGACCAAAAAUGGAGUUUUGUUAUUCGUGGAUGCUAGCGACCACCAAAGUUGUCGUAUCGUUCAUUUGGUGAGACCGUACCAUGAUGAAGUGACCCAUCUUAAUUUUGACAACUCUGGCAAGCUGUUAGUGACGGGAAAUAAAACAGGGAUGGUAUAUUUUAUCAGUGGACUCCCGUUACAGCAUUUCAGUGUCUUGGGUUACACAGACAUGAAAGGAAAAAUAAUGGGAUUAUCGUCACACGAGGCAGACGCUGCUGGACCUACAGUUGUUACAGUUUUAUUUCAGUCUCAACGCUGUUCUCUCGAUGAAGCUGGAGACAUAAUAGCUCAGUUCAAUGUUCCCAGUGACAUGAUAUCUGAUCCCAAGGUAUAUCGAACCAAUCAACUAGGUGAGUUAAAAGAAGAUUUGCUGCAGUCCGUAACACGUGUUCUUAGACUGCCAGGACGUGGCUUGGCUACUCAUUCUCGGCAUGGUCACAUAACAUUCUCUCCAACUAGUCGUCAGUUUCAGAGAUUGCCACUAGUGGUGUUAGUAUUAUAUCAUCAAAAUGUUCUACUCCGUUUUAACUUAUGGCACGUUUUGUUACCUUUCAGCUCACUCUCGCCGGUUCAGUCCAAUGAAAAUACAGAGCUGAAACAUGAAGAAGUGUAUCGUUUAACCUCUCUACCCACGAUAGGUGUUCCUACCAUGGAGAGACAGACCUGUAGAGAAGAGGCAGUCAAGAAGAUACAAGAGGAAGAAAGUCGGACGUUUCAUUCGAUACAAUUAGGUAUCAAGUCCGAGAUGGAGAAGCUAGCAGAAGAGGUCAAGCAGUUAAUGGCAGAAAACCAGACUCUUCCUCCUGAAGAACAGUUGCCUCUCUUGGACUUUGCUCUUGAUCCAGAUGAGCUUCAGAAGAUACAGGAAGAAGGACAAGCCAACAUAGAGGAGUUGAGAGAUUCGUUGAAAAAGGAAAACCUUGUGAACCAGUACCUGACGGAACUCAUAAAAACUGAGUGUUGGGAGAGCAUGGAGGUUAAGGGUUGCUGUCUGAAGGCUUUUCACUUUGGUGAGGAUGUAUAUAACUACCCCCUGCCAUACCGGAGUGAAGCAGACAGAGUUGAACUAAAUCAAGUGAUUCAAUUGCGUCAAAUUGAACUCCAAGAACAAAAGGCAAGGAGAGAAAUAACCGAGAUAAAAGCCAAGAUUAUAAAUGAGGGAAGCACGGAUGAAAAAACUGAAAGUGAAGGAUGGGAGGCAUCAGAAUUUCUACUUGGAAGUCAACGGGGAAGGUGCGGCGUUUCAGUGCCAUAUCUUUAUAAUCAGAUUGAGCUGACCACAAGGGAACAAAAGAGUCAACAAAUUAUCUUACUGAAGGAGGUUAUCUAUGAGAUCAAGAAAGAGUUCAAUAGAAAGUUUGAUGCUCUGUACCAAGAGAAGGUGAAGGAAGUUGGUCGCAUACAAGAGAGAAAUAAGAGGAUCAAAGAGAUUUUAAAUGAUCUUGGACGAGAGGAGUCUGUAUUUGAACCGUCGUGGGAUGUAGAAGAAGAAACAGAAAGACUGCUGGUCGUCGAAGAUGAGGAGAUAACAGCCGAGAGAUACCUAUCUCCCGAAGAAAGAAAACAGGAAAAAGAAAGGCUUGUACAAGAAAAACUGAAGAGAGAAAUGCAACAGGAGGAUAACAUGAAGGAACUGGCACUGCAGAAGAUGAUGGGUGGUGUUCUGGAAGUUCGUAAAGAAGAUGAAUUCAAGAAGGAUCCCACCCCUCCCGACUUCAUGGUCAGUAAGCCUCGGUCAGAAUGGACUAAAGAGGAAUGUCAAGAGGCAAAGGAGUUUGAAGAGAAAGUGAAAGAAUUUAAUGGAGAAAAAGAAAAACUCUAUCGUCAACUUGAAGUGGAGCUCCAAAAACUAGAAAAUUCGGUACAAGACUCAACAACAGCAUUUGAUUUCAAAUUAAAGGAUCUUUUUCAGAAUAAAAUUCUCACUGAUAGUGUUAUUUAUCAGACAGAGAUCCUUCUUCAUUAUGUUGCCUGA